GGUCUUGCUGUUGUUUUUUGAUUUUUUUUUGUCGUCAUGUAUAAAGAGAUCGUGCUGACUCUGAGCCUGCUGGUGACGCUGGCAUGCCGAGCCCAGGACACCGAGGGUCAUCCUAUCUAUGGCGUAAAGUUGUGCGGAAGGGAAUUCAUUCGUGCCGUCAUCUUUACCUGCGGAGGCUCGCGGUGGAGGAGAUCCACGGGGAUGUCAGGUGAAUCUGGUGGUUUCUCCAGCCAGUUUCUCUCCGCUCAUGAUGACGAGGCCUCAGACCACUGGGGCUCGCAGCUCUUCCCGCGCCUUUCUUACAAAGCCCAGGCUGUGGACCCGGAUGUGGACGGUCUGGCCGGUGUGGGUCCGGAGAGCUUAGCGUUAAUCCGUCCGGCGCGCUCGCUCAUCUCAGAGGAGGUGCUUGAGGCUUUGCGUACCUCGGACAGGAAGGGCAGGGACGUUGUGGUGGGUCUGUCCAAUGCCUGCUGCAAGUGGGGCUGCAGCAAGAGCGAGAUCAGCUCCCUGUGCUAAAGCAGACUGUUCCUUCAUACCUCUGUUUGUUCGUACUCGUGCAUCUCAGACUGUAGUGUUAACGUUUGCUGUAGGGAGGAGUGGUGUGUUAGGUGGCCUGAUUUGAAUACAGCAGCUGGGAUGUAAUGUAUUAAAAUGUAUGCGUGUCAGUGUGGUGUAUCUCUGGAAGCAAAACGCGUCUGUGUGUAUUACACUCUGCUCUGCCGUAAUUUCCUUAAAUAAAUCAAGUUUGGUUUUGCAGUACAUUUUGUUGCCUUGUGAUUUUUAAGUGUCUGGGAGUCUGAGGAUAAGUCUGGCCUUGUCUCAA